GUUGUUUCCCUCUGACGUCUCAUCUGUUUUCUGGCAGGUGUUCAAAUAUGUGCUGUGUGUGCUUGUGAAUUUCAGAGCCCAUAUCACUCUGCGGCUGAGGACCAGGAAACAGGGCACAAACAUGAAGGAGAGGAGUGAAGUUUGUCUGGCGUGGAAAGGGCUGCUGCUGGGGAUGUGUGUGCUGCUGUUCCUGUGCUCAGCAGGUUUAGUGUUCCUGCUGGUUCGACAGAAAGAGCUUACGGAGGAGCUGAUCAGCUUGGACGCACGGCUGCAGGUGCUGUCACAGAGCUGCAGGUUGCAGGCUGGCAUCCUGCCCAUGGACCCCGGAGAAGCUGGAGAGCUGAAGAAGCUCCGUCGCGGAAGAAGGAGCUGGGACGGAGAACCAACGCAAAGCCAAGACCAGAAGGAUAUGCUGAUGCUGAUGACGUACUCCAUGGUUCCAGUCAAAGCCUUCAUAGAGAUGUGUAAUAGCUCCAGAGGAAUGUGUUUAACAGGCCCACCUGGACCACCAGGUUUGCCUGGCAGAGCUGGUUCACCGGGACCACAAGGUGUGCCUGGGCCUAAGGGGAGACGCGGAAAAAGAGGUCCCCCUGGUGAAAAAGGAGAACCAGGACCUAAAGGAGACCCUGGGCCUCCCCAACUGAAAGGCGAGACCUCCAAUGACAUUCUCACUGAAGGUCCUCAAGGUCCAAGGGGUCCACCGGGUCCACCAGGCCCACCGGGUCCACCCUGUCCUGUUUGGUAUUCUAAUGAAGUGAGAAAUAGAGAACACCUGCAUCAAACCGACAUGUUGAUGGAUUCAUCUAAUCUGACACGGGAGGCCGUCAAUGAAACUGACACAAAAAACAUCAGCAGCUCGACAAUUAACCAGACUGAAUCACCAACAUCACAUCCAGCCGAUGAUAGCAGAGACGUACUGAAUAUUACUGACACUAAAAAACUUGUAGACACAAGUGUGGAAUCUAAGUCAGUAUCAGUUCAUCCAGACUACAGCCACGACACCUUGAAUGAUACCAACACAGAGAAUGUUACAGAGGCACCAAUUAAAUUAUUAACUGUGCUACUUUCUCCAGACCGGAUUCAGAACAGUGACACCUUCAAUGGUAGCGGAAACAUUAUUGAUACAUCCAUAAAAAAUGAGUCAGUGUCACCUCGUCCAGACUAUGGUAAUGACACUAGGAUUGAAACCAGCUCACAGACUGUUACAGAGGCUCUAAUUAACUUACCAACAGUUUUACCAACACCACAUCCCGCUCAUGAAGCCAGAGAUGUUUUAAAUAUCACUGACUCUGAGAAACUUCAAGACACAGAUAAGGAAUCUGAGUCAGUAUCAUUUCAUAAAGACUACAGCCAUGACACCCUGAAUGACUCCAGCAAAGAGAACGUUACAGAAGGAGCAAUAACAUUAUUAACUGAAUCACCAUCACCACAUCCUGCCGAUAGAGAGAGUGUUACUGACUCUAAAAAAAUUCUAGACAAAAGAGUGGAAUCUGCAUCAGUUCAUCCAGACUACAGCCACGACACCUUGAAUGAUACCAACACAGAGAAUUUUACAGAGGCACCAAUUAAAUUAUUUACUGCCCUACUUUCUCCUGACCGGAUUCAUAACAGUGAUUACUUCAAUGGCAGCGGAAACAUUAAUCAAACAUCCAUGAAAAGUGUAGUAACUUUAUCAUUUCAUCAAGACGAUAGCCAUGGCCCCUUAAAUGAUACCAAAACAGAGAAUACUACAGAGGCACCAAUUCAAUUAUUAACAGCCUCACUUUCUAUAGACCUGGCUCAAAAGAGGGACGGCGUCAAUAACAGCGGAAACAUUAUUGAUACACCCAUGAAAAGUGACUCUUCAUAUCCACUCCAGAUCACCAACAAGAUCAAUGUGACAACCAAUGUGAGACGGACCAGAAGUGAGUGCAAAAUUAGAAAUAUUAAAUGUUCAGAGAAAGCCACCUCAAUGCAAAGCACUUUUGGAGCCUGGAUGUCCGAUGCAUCCCAGCUGGAUGACGGUCGAUACUGGCUGGCCGAUCAUUUUUCAGGUCGAUUUUUCGAGGAGCACAGGAACAUUUCAACAUUUCAGGAUACAGGCCACAAAAUUAUAGACAUCAACAGGUUCUUCCAGGGUUGUGGUCAUGUUGUGUACAAGCUGUCACUUUACUUUCACAACGCAGGAUCAAACACACUUAUAAAAUUUAACCUGAACACCAGGAGAACAAACACUCUGAUCAUGGCACACAGCAGAUAUCACAGCCUGGCUUAUCUUUUCCGCAACUCAAAGACAUACUUCAAGUUUGCUGUGGAUGAAAAUGGACUGUGGGUAAUUUUUGCAUCAGAUACAGAAGAUAAUACGAUGGCUGCAAAGCUUAACCCUGACACAUUCUCUGUGGAGUCAGUCAUAAACACUCACUACCCAACAACUAAAGCAGGAAAUGCUUUCAUUGUAUGUGGAGUGUUAUAUUUUACAGAUGACAAAGACAGGAAGGUUACAUAUGCUUUUGAUUUAAAGAAAGAGAGUCCUCUGGAUGUAAAUUUUGAUCUAAGGCCAGGUAAUGGCAUCUUGGCUAUGCUGUCAUAUUAUCCCAACAAAAAGCUUUUGUAUAUGUGGGACAACAGCAGUGUAAAAACCUGCAAAGUUAAACUCAAGCUGACCUAAAAAUAACCACAAACCUUGUAAAAAUGAGCAAUAAAAUAAUUUUUAAAAUCUCA